UUUUUGUUUUGUUUGUCUCUUUUGUUUCGUUUGUUGAGUUGGAACUUGGAUAUUGGAUUGGAUUGGAAGCUGCUGAGCUGUGGCAUUUAGAGGUUAACAAAAUUGUCAUAAUGAUUCCUCAAUAUUUUUGUUUUGUGAUGCGUUUAAUUGUGACAGACUCUAUUGUUUUCUAUUCACGUGAAGUUUCUCCUGAAUUUUCUUCGUAGCGUAGAUUUGAAAACCUCCAUCAUGGCGUGACAAAAUUUGGUGAAAAAUGGCUUUUAUUUAGACUUUCAAAAUUUUAGGUUAAGCCGUUUUCAUCGUACCAAAUCAACUUGAAAUAAUAUUUUCAUAAUGCCUCAAGGUAAUCAUUUGCUGCCAAAACCGGAUUGCACAAAUGCAUGUCAAUCGCUAAUCCAUGGUUCUACAAUUAAUGCUGUGAUAACCAAACGAGCUGUCACUGACAAGCAAUUGGCAUCUUACAUCAGCAGUUUGUGCUGCAAUUUUAGUCGAGUGCGAGAUGAGACGGGAAGGACUGCACUUCACAUGGCAGCCUCGUGCGGCAGACUGGGUCUGUGCCGGUGGCUGGUCAAGUACUGCCAAGCUGAUCUGAACGCUCGUGACAAGGAGAACGCAGCAACGCCUCUGCAUCGCAGCAUUUUCUAUGGACAGAUCCAUGUGGCUGUCUUCCUCAUCAAGGUUGGUGCAAGCACCUCACUGUUCGAUGAAGAUGACCUGUUGUGCUUUGAUGUGGUGAAUAGCGGUAGGGUUGUGGGGCCUGGGGGCGGAGGAAGUGGGAGCGGUCAGGCGUAUGUGUGGGGCGGCAACAGCAACUACACGCAUGGCUCGGGAAGCCAGCAGGCGCGAGCCAAUCCUGAGCUUGUUGACUACUUUCGCCGAAAUAAUAUCGCCAUCAGUCAGAUCUGUAUGGACAAGUUCCACACAGUGUUCCGGAGCGAGGAGGGGCGCUUAUGGGCGUGCGGACACGGACAGGGGGGUCGCCUGGGCGUCGACUCGGAGGCCACCUUCAUCAUCCCCCAGCCAAUGCGCAUGCGCAGUCCCCCCGACCCUAUCACCUUCGUCGCCAUCGGUCGCGAUCACACCGUACUACUCACCGAAAACGGAGCUGUAUUGACGUGCGGUUUGAACACUCAUCAUCAGCUGGGUCAUUCGCCUCCGCCAGCCAAGCUCCUCGUUCCACGGCCAAUCCAUCUGCGCAGUCUGAGGGUGUCCAAUGUGAUUGGGGUCUCGGCGGCUCGCUUCCACUCUGUCUUCUGGACCAAGGAUGCCGUCUGCACUUUCGGCCUGCACGCCGGUCAACUGGGUCAUCCGAACCUCGAAGAGUCGAAAGAGUUGACAGUUAUUGUUCCACGUGUGGUUCCAUGUUUGGAUAAGGAUGUGACAGUGAAGUGUGCGGCAGCAAGUGAUGGAGCCACGGUUGUCGUUGGAGAGAGAGGGCUGAUCAAUAUCAUUUACGUGCUGCAUCGUUAUCAAACUAAACGAUUAGUGUCCAAACUGUCCAUAGAAAGAGUUUGCGUAGUUGGCGGCACUCUGAAUGCUCGUUCUGAUACAAAGUCUCUAAUAGAGCAAGGCGGAGAAACGUUGAAAUUAUUGACUCUAACUUCAGAUGGCAAGAUUCAUGUAUGGCAGGAAACAUCAACACAGCUCGAACAGUGCACAUUCAAUCUCCAAAGACGACUAAUUAUAAAAGAUGUUUGUCUAUCACGUAAUAUAAUUUUAUUUUCUACGGACGAUGGAAACGGCUUUAUCGGAAAUUUUACCACAAAUAACAAAUUGAAAGGUUCAGAUACACCCUAUAUUGAAAUACAACGUCUACCACAUCUUCAUAGAACCACCUCGAUCACUUGUGACCCAAAAGGCCGCAAUUUUGCUGCUGUUCAGAUACACCCAAGGUCUCUGAUCACCCCGCAAGUUAGUGAAAGAGAACUUAGUCAUGACUUGGCAUCUUUACUGGUGGACGCGUCUGAGACUGAUUCUUUACACGACAUUACAUUCGAGGUUGGCGGUGAGAGGUUCCCAGCACACAAAUACAUUCUGAGCUUGAAUAGCUCCCUGGGCGAGAAAAAUGAAUGCCUGAAAGAGCAUGGCUCUGUAGCCAAAGUGGACAACGUGCAUCCUCUCAUUUUUCAUCAGCUGCUUCUCUUUAUAUAUUCUGGAGACUGUGAUCUCAUCCAUCCUGGACCAUGUCGAAUCAAGAUAAUGAAUAACGCAAAGAGAGAGGAUCCUAUCAGACUUCUAGCUGCCGCAGCAACGGAAUUUAAAGUCCAUGCUCUCAACAAAAUACUGCAUUUAUUAAGGUAUGACGGCAAUAAAAUUCUUAUGAAGGAGGGUUUCAGCGAUUUGAAGAAGUCAAAGCCAUUUGCGCUAGAUUACAACGCUCGUAAAGACCUUUAUGACGUGGUAAUUGCUGGCAAUGAUGGAGGGACCAUUCAGGCGCACAAGUGCGUCCUGGCAGCGCGCCUAGAGUACUUCAGACAUAUGCUGUGUGGCGGUUGGGUCGAGGCAUCUGUCAGCAGUCCUCUUUCGCUGCCUUUUAGCACAGCGAUUCUCACAGAUCUGAUCUCUUUCCUUUACUCAGACUCCGAGAGUAGUCUCUCAACUCUGAUGAUUUGGAGCAUGUGUGCAGAAAACAAUGUUCUAAUCGUAGCCGACGAGCUGCUAGUGACUCGGCUGAAGGAGAUGUGCGAGAUGUCGUUGUCAGUUUGCUUGAACCUUAGGAACGCCGGCCUCCUCCUGCAGUUCUCCUCCACUUACAACGCGCUGCAGUUGCACAAGUGCUGCAUGUCCUUCAUUGCUUCCAACUUGGCCGCCGUACUCGAAAUGAGAACUCUAGAUAUUGUGAGCCUCGACGAGCUGAAUAGUCUGAGCGAGUACGUGAGGUCGACUGUGGCCUCCCUGGCCAAUCACGUCAUCACUCCAUUCACCGACGCACCAAAAGACGAAGAAGUCAUUUCAGCUUCGGAAAAAUUCACUGUGCCCUGGGAUGAAGAGGACGAGUAUUCAUCUAUCAAUGAUCUGGGAUGGGAGUCGGAGUGGCUGAAGAACUAUGUGCCUGGCCUGCAGCAGGCCGGCAAAAGCUUUGUGGCGUCCACUCCGGUCGCCGCCAAGAAGAAGCAGCGCACUCCCAAACUGAGCACGAACGAAGCGCAGAGGCGGCGCUACGAGUCUGUCGGCUCCAUCCGUGACCUGGAGAAGACGCUCGAGUCACCGCUGUCCAGGUCACUCAACGACAACCCCGAACCCCUCAAAGAGAACGAGUCGUCGCCUGGUGUUGAGAGAUUGCUGAAAAACCAUGUGAUCGCUCAACUGGAAGAUGAUGACUUCGAUCCCAGUCUAUUCAUAAAACUGCCGGGCUCAGCUUCAGGUCUGUCGAGAAAUAGAAAGAACUCAUCCGGAGACACUCUUGACGACAAGUCAUUCCCGUCCCUCACUGAAUCUCUCUCAGACACAUCCAGCUUUCCAGAACUAUCCGAACAGUUGAGCUCUUUGAAAAUAACUCCGAAAAAGAAGAGUAGUUCGAGCAAUGUGAAAAGAUCAGCGCCUGUGAAACUGUCUCAAAAGCAGCAGAAGAAGCUGGCUUUGGCCGAGUCGAUGUCACCCGGCAAGAGUGAAGUGGCCAACAGUGCCAGUCCACCCACCUUCGCCUGGGCCAACGUCUCUUCCCCUCCACAAGCCACCACCUCUUUCACCGACAUACUCAGGGAAACUAGAAACAAUAAUUCUUCUUUUCCCUCAACUGACAGGUGUUCAGUGACGUCAUCAUCCCCUCAAGCCACUAGAGGAUCUCCUAGUUUAUCCGAUAUAGUGGCUGAUGAAUUGAAGCAGAAAGAAAAUUGGAGUAAAAUGAGGAGCAAACCAUUUCAUCUGACUCAGAUAGAGGAUAAAGCCAUUGAGGAUCUGCUAGCAUUCUACAAUGCAGAGAAUGUGUUUGAUGAACGCAUCACCGUGCAAAGAGUGGUGAGGGGCACCGUUGCCAUGCCAACCUGGUUCAAAUCAAAACGAUGACUCCAUUAUUUGGAAAGUUUACAAUUUAUUUCUAGUUUAUCUAAUUUUAUUCUUAACAUUGAGAGCACUAUGUGUUCCUCCCAAGGAAUUCAAAUUCUGAUAACUGUUGUACCGUACAUCAAAGAUUGUUUUGUUGAUUUCUCUUCUCCACUACUGUAUUAUAAUUAUUUCUGUUUUA